UUUCUCAAAACACCACUUAACAAAAUAUAAAAUAAAUUUUAAGAAACAUUUUGAACAUUACAAUAAAAAAAUGCUGAAUUGAAUGCCUGUUUCCCCAUUGAAGGUUUUUGAAGUUUUUUCAUGCCGAGAAUGUGUAGUAGCGACCAUUUGAUUCACAAAAGCCUGAUAUCCCCGCCGAAUCGAACAAAGGUGGGGUGAGGAGGUUUAACAUAGCGUAGGGCUUAGGGUUUAACGAGAUGAGUAGAUUUCUCAAAUAUGCUUCAGGGGCUACUAGGCAAAUCAUCAUCGCCCAAAGAUAUAAAACAAAAACAACACCAAUCCCUUUGAUUUCACAUAUUCCAAAGACAGAUACAACAGUUGCUCUGUUUUCAUUUUCACAUUUCUGCCGCUCAUAUUGUAGCGGAAAUGAUACUGGCAAUGGAAAUGGCGAAGAAAAACUCGCCUCAGGUUUAUCUAAAGAAGCAGCUUCUCCAGAUGUCAAAGACUUGCCCACUGGAUCAGAUGAAAUUAAAGUUUUGGCAUCAGAAUUAGUGCAAGAUGUGGAGACCAAAGAGCUCUUAGAGGAGCUGAGAAAAUUCUGGGGCGGAAAGGAGGAUAAUUUGGAGAAGAUUGCAGAGAUGGUACUACGAAGAGCUGCUUCUGCAAAGCAUGAAGAGAGUGACGAAGAGAUCAUGGAGAGCCUUCGUCUGCGUCCUGUUGAAGAUGUUCGUGAUUCUGAGUUCGAAUCUGACUUUGAGGAUCUUCAUGAAGUUGCCACAGACAUUAAUGAUCUUUACAAUGCUACUGAAUAUACGGAGGAGAAGUUACUACCUAAUGAAUCAGAAGAAAUGACUGCCGAGAAGUGGGAUGGGAUAAUGGAGGAGUUUCAGGAGUUUCAGAUGACAGAGAAUGCUAAAGGGAAGGGUAAAACUUAUGAACAGCAGAGUUUGGAAGAACAUGUUGAAAAUAUGGCCAAUAAACUGCUUCCAGAGGAUAUAAAACAGGAGAUUGAAGCAAAAUUUAAUGAGCUUUGUGAGAGAUGUAAACGGGGUGAAGUAGAACCUGAGGAAACUAAUGCUUUAUUUAAAGAAUUUGAAGAGAAGAUGGUGGAAGAAUAUGCCAAAAAAGGAAAUGCAAACAAAGAUGACUUCAAGAAAUAUCCUUCUGGUGAGGGGCCAAUUUUGAGAUGGGAGACUCGUGUUGUUUUAUCACCUGGGGGAAAUGCAUUUCACCCAAAAAACAGGAGAGUCAAAGUUUCUGUCUCUGUAAAGGAGCUUGGCCUUUCAAAAUAUGCAGCUAAGCGACUAAGGGCUAUGGUAGGAAAACGGUACAAUAUUGGGAAAGAUGAGCUUACUAUCGUGGGUCGAAGAUUCGCAAACCGUGAGGAGAAUCGCAAGGAUGUUUUGAGGAUAUUAUAUGCUCUUAUUGAAGAAGCACAAAAAGCAGAUGUAUAUGUUCGUGAGGCACAUACUGCAAUCAUGAAGGAGCAUUUGAAAACAAAUCCAGAAUUCCAGAAGAGACUGAGAGUUCAAACUGCCAUGUUGAGAGGGUCUGAAGGACCCGGUUUUGUGUAAAAAUGUUGCAUUUAUUAUUAUACUUUUUAACAAAUUUCACUAUCUUCAAUCUCAUGCUGUGUCUGUGUCUCUCCAGUUAUCAGUAUAAAACUCCAAAGGUGUAAUAUUCAUGUAGGCACGAAUUACUAUAAUUAGAGCCAUGGUUAUGUUAGUCUCAGAUAUGAUAGGAUUCUCUAAUGUCAGAAAAAAUGUUUGAAAGUCUUAACUCAAUGGGUCUUUACACAGAUAACGAUACUCAGCAUUUCCCUUAAA